AUGAAGGCGACCCCUCUGCUGAUUGCCUGGCACGAUGACAAUGCCCCCAUCUAUUCAGUGCACUUUGAUCCUCAUGGCAAAGGCCGACUGGCAACGGCUGGAAAGUACGUCCUGUCGUUCCUACAGAUAAAGCUGCGUGGUACACUAACCCUAUGGAAGGUCGAGUCCACGGGAGAAGAGCGAAAGGUCACCUACCUUAGCACUUUGAUCAAGCACACGCAGGCCGUGAACGUCGUACGCUUCUGCCCGAAAGCCAAUGUAGGAGAGAUGCUGGCAUCUGCCGGAGACGAUGGGAACGUCCUUCUCUGGGUUCCAUCCGAGACACAAACGCAGCCGGGUUUUGGACAGGAAGGGCUGGACGACAAGGAAACAUGGCGAGUGAAGCACAUGUGCAGGUCAUCCGGAGCAGAAAUAUACGACCUAGCAUGGUCUCCGGACGGUGUUUUUAUCAUUACCGGUAGCAUGGACAACAUUGCUCGCAUCUACAAUGCUCAGACAGGCCAAAUGGUCCGGCAGAUUGCUGAACACUCUCAUUAUGUGCAAGGCGUCGCCUGGGAUCCUCUGAACGAGUAUGUAGCGACACAGUCCUCGGAUCGAUCGGUACACAUAUACGCCUUAAAGACAAAGGACGGCCAAUUUACCUUGACAACUCACGGAAAGUUCUUGAAGAUGGAUUUGCCUGCUAGACGGGUAUCUUCGAGCAGCCCUGUGCCGGACUUUGGCGGAAACCGAGUUCAAUCGACAUCAGGAAAUGCCAUGACUGUGUCUUCCCCCGGUGCCUCAACCCCAGGCACUCCAUUGACCGCCCCUCUGCCCAUGGACCCUCCUCCUGUGUCCCUUAGCCGCCGCUCCUCCUUUGGUUCUUCACCUUCUAUUCGCAGGUCAGCGUCACCGGCGCCUUCUAUGCCGUUGCCUGCAGUGAAGCCCCUCGAAGCCGCUUCUCCAGGCCUCUUUGGCGGGAUAGGCGUGAAAAACGCCAGCAUAUAUGCCAAUGAAACAUUCAACUCUUUCUUUAGGCGCCUGACCUUUGCCCCAGAUGGCAGCUUACUCUUCACCCCAGCUGGGCAAUACAAGGUUUCACUUGCUGGCCAGAAUGACAAGGUCAUGGAAGACAUAAUAAACACAGUCUACGUUUAUACCCGUGCAGGCUUCAACAAACCACCAAUAGCUCAUCUUCCGGGGCACAAAAAGCCGUCAGUUGCUGUUAAAUGCUCGCCGGUGUACUAUACGUUGAGACAAGGCACAAAGCCCACUCGCCAGAUAUUUUUGGAUUCCUCGUCCAGUGAAGAGGCAUUUCCGUCUUUACCGGACUCCGUCAUAUCACAACCAGCUAUGGAGCCUCCAUCAAGUGCACCCCCCUCGGCCACUAGCGAAACUGCACGCUCUCUGCCCUUACUAGGAACGCAUGAAAGCGACGCUGGCUCACAAAAUACUUCGCUCACCCCGGUGUUCGCAUUGCCAUAUCGGAUGGUUUACGCAGUCGCGACACAAGAUGCAGUUCUGAUAUAUGAUACCCAGCAGCAGACACCGCUGUGUAUAGUAAACAACCUGCAUUUUGCCACUUUUACCGAUCUCUCCUGGUCCCAUGACGGGCUUACCCUCAUAAUGAGCUCCUCUGAUGGAUUCUGCUCGGCUCUUUCAUUCUCUCCCGGAGAACUGGGCCAAAUUUACACCAUGGAAAAGCCACAUCCUAUCAGCUCCAGUGUGGCAGCGUCUACAAAUGCUUCCGCAGCGCAGUCCCCUGUCAUGACAUCUCCCCGUAAAAACUCCACAGGCAAGGCAUCAUUAGCAAUCGGAACUCCAAUCACAGUCCCCGCUCGUGCAGCUAGCUCCGGUCCAGCCACACCGUCUUCGUCAACUUCCAAGGCAGCUGCUGUGGUAAACAACCCAACCCCUACCCUUGGCACUGUACCCUCAGUUACCGCCACAAAUUCUAGCCAACCUUUUAGCACGCCACCGGAAACUCCCAUGUCCUCCCAUAGCGCUACCAAUUCUAUUAGCGGAAGCGUCUUGGGGAAGCGAGACCUGAGUACAGUGAGCGAAUCAGAGAAAGAGGACCCAGGGGACAAGGAUGAAGAAGAUCAAGGAGGUAACAAAGCCGCCCAACGGGAACCAAAGAGAAAACGAAUUGCACCGACCUUGGUGUCCUCCGCGAGCUCUGGGAUGCCAAACUCAGAAGACUCCAGCAGACCAUCCACCUGA